AUGGCCUAUGGCAAUUCAUCCAAAUGGCACGACUGUCUUCCAUUAGUCCUCCUGGGACUUCGGGACUCGUGGAAAGAGGAUUUAGGCUGCACCGCUGCCGACCUGGUGUACGGCACUAGCCUUGCCCUUCCGGCCCAGUUCUUCGAGCCCACUUCCUCAACGGCCAUUACCCCCUCGGACUACGUAGAGCACCUGCGUGAGCACUUCUCCCACAUCACACCCACUCCUAGGCGAGCACACAAGUCCGGCAAGCCUUUUGUCUCUCCGCAACUCACCUCCGCCACUCACGUUUUCCUCCGGACCGAUGCCUUGAGGAAAUCGCUGCAACCUCCCUAUUCCGGCCCCUUCCCCGUCCUGGAGCGACACCCGAAAUAUUUCGUCAUACACUGCCACGGCCGCCCCGAAACGGUCUCCAUCGACCGCCUGAAACCGGCUUUCGUCGACGCCGAAGACACCCCAGCGGUCCUGACCACCAGCACCGCCGGCCGUCCCAGCAUCCGCCGCAAGACCCCCAAAAGAGUCUCUUGGAGUGUUCAAGUACGUCCCGAAGAGGAUAACCGCGUGGACGAAGGCAAAUGGUAA